AAACAAAGAAGUACUUGUACUUUAUCUAUAUAUAUAUAUAUAUUCAUAUACUACAUGUAUACAGACCUAAUUUUAGAUCAGGGAUUCAGCACACUUCAAUUUAACAGUUUACCAAUUUCGUUUUGGAGACCUUCACCUGUGAAACCUGAAUACACGCAUUUUGGUUUUAACGUUAUUUAUAACUAAUCAGGCAAACAAGAAAUAAUUAUCACCAACUGAAUAGCCUUACUCACCCCGAAAGAGGAUGCAGACCACUGGUGUUAUUGUAUUGUGCAUAUUAAUGGUGGUAAAUAUAAUAAGAACCAUUCAUGGUGAAAAGAUUCGGGUGGUUGACCUGACGUUUACUUUGACUACAUCAACCAUCUAUUGGCCAGGCAAUCACGAUUUUAAUUUUACCAUUCUGUAUAGAGGACAAUCGGGUAGCUAUUGGUAUGAAAGUAAUUAUUUUUCGACUCCCGAGCAUGGUGGAACACAUUUAGAUGCACCGGCUCAUUUUUAUAAAGGUAAAUGGCGAACACACGAGAUUCCAGUUGAAAGACUUAUUGGUCCUGGUGUUAUUAUUGACGUCACAUCAAAGGCGACAGCUGACCACGAUUAUAGGGUACAGAUUUCUGAUUUACAGGCUUGGGAAUCCAAAUAUGGAAAUAUACCGCAAGGAGCAAUUGUAUUGAUGAAUUCUGGUUGGGCGAAAAGAUAUCCAAUCAAAAAAGAGGUUUUCGGUACUCUGAAUAUAUCGAACCCGACAUAUUUCCAUUUCCCGGCAUUUCAUGAAGGAACUGUUGAAUGGCUUAUUACCAACAGAAAUAUAAGCAUGGUGGGUGUGGAUACUCCAUCCGUCGAUUAUGGCCAAUCCAAAACAUUUCCAGUUCAUCAGGUACUAGGAAAACAUAACGUUCCUGGUCUCGAAAAUAUCGGAUAUUUGGAUAGCAUUCCUGAAAAGGGUGCAACUAUAUUUAUUGGAAUAAUCAAGUUAUUUGAUGGUAGUGGCGGACCAGUUCGUAUUAUUGCAACAUAUGACGCCGAUGCAUCAUCAGCGAACGUCAUUGGCUGUAUCAAUAUUAUAAGACUUUUCUCCAUUUUUACCUCAUUCUUUAUCUUUGGAUACUAGCUCGAAUACUAAUUGGAUACUUUUCUUCUUAAUAGAGCCAUUGUGCACCAGAAGGACAACAAUUAUUUUACUUAUUAACAUUUAACUAAAACAGGGGCUGAAAUGUGUUCUUUAGAUAAUAAUUUAGCCAAUUAAAACUUAACUUAAAUGACACCUUUAGCCUCAAUGGAUAGAAAUGGGUUAUUCUUCAGCAGCUGGCUGAUGUGUCAAAGACAGUAUAAAUGGCAAUGUUACAUCAGUAGAAAAUGAUUUAAAAUUCAGAUGACAUAUAAAAUAAUCCCUUACUUUUCAUUUGCUGUCUUCAAAACAAGAUGUCUAACAGUAUGUUUAUCAUUCUGUUCAUUGACAAAGUCCCAAUUUUAUUACACUAAUUUCUCACUUUGUAAGAAGCAAAUGAACAGUUAUUCAAAUAUCAGUUGAGAAAUUGAGUGCAAGUUUUAACCUUAAUGAUGCAUUAUGUAAGAUUUAGUUAAAGAGCUGACCAUCAUUGCUACAUGUGUGUAUGUUAAAGUUAAAAAAUGAAUGUAUUGAAAAAUUCAGUCAAAUUACUUUAUUCUGAGCGAACUAAUAAGUCUUUGAAGCUUUGACAAUAUAAUCUCAAAUGUUAUGUACCAUUCUACGAUAAUAAACAAAGCCUCAAUUAUCUAUUUUUUAAAUUAAAUGGCGAUUAGUUUUUAGUCGUUUAAAAUCAGGGACAUCCGAUGUCCUAGAGAGUUGAUUAAGGGCUUGUCAUGUGAAUAAAUCCCUAAUUUAAUAAUUUAUAUAGCAUUU